AUGUCGGCAAACUCUCACGAAUAUUUUGACCAUGCUCAAAACAAUCGUGAGAGUCAGCCGAUCUACCUUCGUCGGUUUUGUUUGCUUCCUUCUUCUUGUGGGCUGCGGUCUUCUGCCAGAAGGUCCAGCAGAGGAAGUAACAGUGGAAGAAGCAACAGCGGAGGUAGCAACAGCAGAGGAAGCAACAGUGGAAGAAGCAACAGUGGAGGUAGCAACAGCAGAGGAAGCAACAGUGGAAGAAGCAACAGCGGAGGUAGCAACAGCAGAGGAAGCAACAGUGGAAGAAGCAACAGCGGAGGUAGCAACAGUAGAGGAAGCAACAGUGGAAGAAGCAACAGCGGAGGUAGCAACAGCAGAGGAAGCAACAGUGGAAGAAGCAACAGCGGAGGUAGCAACAGCAGAGGAAGCAACAGUGGAGGUAGCAACAGCAGAGGAAGCAACAGUGGAAGAAGCAACAGCGGAGGUAGCAACAGCAGAGGAAGCAACAGUGGAAGAAGCAACAGCGGAGGUAGCAACAGCAGAGGAAGCAACAGUGGAAGAAGCAACAGCGGAGGUAGCAACAGCAGAGGAAGCAACAGUGGAGGUAGCAACAGCAGAGGAAGCAACAGCAGCAGGGUAGCAACAGCAGAAGAAGCAACAGUGGAAGAAGCAACAGCGGAGGUAGCAACAGCAGAGGAAGCAACAGUGGAAGAAGCAACAGUGGAGGUAGCAUCAACAGUGGAGGUAGCAACAGCAGAGGAAGCAACAGUGGAAGAAGCAACAGUGGAGGUAGCAACAGCAGAGGAAGCAACAGUGGAGGAAGCAACAGUGGAGGAAGCAACAGCGGAGGAAGCAACAGCGGAGGUAGCAACAGCGGAAGAAGCAACAGCGGAGGAAGCAACAGCGGAGGAAGCAACAGCGGAGGAAACAACAGCGGAGGUAGCAACAGCAGAGGAAGCAACAGUGGAAGAAGCAACAGUGGAGGUAGCAACAGCAGAGGAAGCAACAGUGGAGGUAGCAACAGCAGAGGAAGCAACAGCGGAAGAAGCAACAGCGGAGGUAGCAACAGCAGAGGAAGCAACAGUGGAAGAAGCAACAGCGGAGGUAGCAACAGCAGAGGAAGCAACAGUGGAAGAAGCAACAGUGGAGGUAGCAACAGCAGAGGAAGCAACAGUGGAAGAAGCAACAGUGGAGCAACAGCAAGGAAGCAGCAGUGGAAGAAGCAACAGCGGAGGUAGCAACAGCAGAGGAAGCAACAGUGGAAGAAGCAACAGUGGAGGUAGCAACAGCAGAGGAAGCAACAGUGGAGGUAGCAACAGCAGAGGAAGCAACAGCAGAGGAAGCAACAGCGGAGGUAGCAACAGUAGAGGAAGCAACAGUGGAAGAAGCAACAGCGGAGGUAGCAACAGCAGAGGAAGCAACAGUGGAAGAAGCAACAGUGGAAGAAGCAACAGUGGAGGUAGCAACAGCAGAGGUAGCAACAGUGGAGGUAGCAACAGCAGAGGAAGCAACAGUGGAGGUAGCAACAGCAGAGGAAGCAACAGUGGAAGAAGCAACAGCAGAGGUAGCAACAGCAGAGGAAGCAACAGUGGAAGAAGCAACAGCGGAGGUAGCAACAGCAGAGGAAGCAACAGUGGAAGAAGCAACAGUGGAGGUAGCAACAGCAGAGGAAGCAACAGUGGAGGUAGCAACAGCAGAGGAAGCAACAGUGGAAGAAGCAACAGCGGAGGUAGCAACAGCAGAGGAAGCAACAGUGGAAGAAGCAACAGUGGAGGUAGCAACAGCAGAGGAAGCAACAGUGGAGGAAGCAACAGUGGAGGUAUUAACAGCAGAGGAAGCAACAGUGGAAGAAGCAACAGUGGAGGAAGCAAAAGCGGAGGAAGCAACAGCAGAGGAAGCAACAGCGGAGGUAGCAACAGCAGAGGAAGCAACAGUGGAAGAAGCAACAGUGGAAGAAGCAACAGCGGAGGUAGCAACAGCAGAGGAAGCAACAGUGGAAGAAGCAACAGUGGAAGAAGCAACAGUGGAGGUAGCAACAGCAGAGGUAGCAACAGUGGAGGUAGCAACAGCAGAGGAAGCAACAGUGGAGGUAGCAACAGCAGAGGAAGCAACAGUGGAGGAAGCAACAGUGGAGGUAUUAACAGCAGAGGAAGCAACAGUGGAAGAAGCAACAGUGGAGGAAGCAAAAGCGGAGGAAGCAACAGCGGAGGAAGCAACAGCGGAGGAAACAACAGUGGAAGAAGCAACAGUGGAGGUAGCAACAGCAGAGGAAGCAACAGUGGAGGUAGCAACAGCAGAGGAAGCAACAGUGGAAGAAGCAACAGCGGAGGUAGCAACAGCAGAGGAAGCAAUAGUGGAAGAAGCAACAGUGGAGUGGAGGAAGCAAAAGCGGAGGAAGCAACAGCGGAGGUAGCAACAGCGGAGGAAGCAACAGCGGAGGAAACAACAGCGGAGGUAGCAACAGCAGAGGAAGCAACAGCAGAAGAAGCAACAGCGGAGGUAGCAACAGCAGAGGAAGCAACAGCGGAAGAAGCAACAGCGGAGGUAGCAACAGCGGAGGAAGCAACAGCAGAGGUAGCAACAGCGGAGGAAGCAACAGUGGAAUAA